AUGGAAGGUCCACAAGUUGUCAACACUGAUGGCAACUCCUUGCUUAAGGCCGUCUACCUAAGUCGUCUCCGUCUCACACGGCUACUCCUGGAAGGAGGCGCUUAUAUUAAUGAGAGCAAUGAGUGCGGUGAAACACCCUUGAUGGUGGCCUGCAGAAGCAGACAUAUGGACCCCCAAAGCGUCUCGAAGGCUAAGAUGGUUGGAUACCUGCUUGAAAGCGGCGCUGAUCCGAACAUCCAGGACAAGAGUGGUAAGACGGCUCUGAUGCACGCCUGUUUGGAGCAAGCCGGCUCUGAGGUGGUGGCGCUGCUCUUGGGUAGCGGAGCGGAUCCGUGCCUCGAGGACCACGCCGGUUCUUCAGCUCUGAUAUACGCCAUCAACGCCAGCGAUGAAGAAGCUCUUAAAAUCUUGAUGGAUGCCUGCAAAGCCAGAGGAAAAGAAGUCAUCAUCAUCACUCCUGACAAACUUGCAUGCGGAAGGCAAAUGGCAAAGCAGUACCUACCUAUUCCCCCGCUUGCAAUGGUAGAGCAAUGGAGCUCCACAAUCGUUCCCUGUGCUUCUCCAUCUGAUAUUCUUCUCAGCACAUCUCCACAGGGGACUCUUUCUACUAGUCCCACAGAGCACAUGUUUUCCUUCCAGGACCUCCAAAGUAUGACCAACUCCCAACCAACUUCUCCAUCCCACCAGGUUUCCCUGGUAAACAGCAGGUUGAGCAAAAUCCACAAUCUCCAAAGAUUACACUCCGAGCCUUGGCUGAAGAUCCCACAGUCUUUCUUGGCCCAACAGCAUGUCAAAAGCACCUCAGCUACGGAGGAGCUCCCGGACAUCACACCCGAAGAAGAAAUGACUUUCAGAAUGAACAGAUUGGCUUUUGAUAACACGCCGCUAUCACGGCACUGCAGCGUCGAUUUGAAAGAAGCCAGGUCUCUGAGUCAAACUCUGAGGCAAGGAAGCAACGUUGAAGGUUUAAGACCAGAAGGAGCACUAUGCCGAAACAUGUCCUUUGAUAGCUUAUCAUCCUUGCACUCUUUAUCCCAUCCCAAUCUUCACAGCAAAAGCAGUGCAGAAGCUUUUCCGGCUGAGAAGGAUCCAGACAAGACUCUUCCGAAUUUGGCCGUGUCCAGUCUCCGUAACAUCAUCCAGAGAAGGAAACUAGGAAUGGACCACUACAGCUCCGACUCCCAGCUAUCGGUGAGCCUCGGCAACUCUCCAGAAGACCGUAAAGGACAGUUAGAGAAGAGAAAACUCGCCAACUCGCGUUCUCCUACUUUGAUGGGCUCCAGGGAGUCUCUUGAGAACGCUUCGAUGACGCACUUGCACAGGAGGAAUCCCAUCAGCUACGAGCGCAGAGGCUCUGGGGCACUUCUGGAUCCCAUCUCUCAUCCUCGAGCUGGUUUCCUGCCUCCGCUGAACCAGCACACACCGAUCCCGAACAUCACCGGAACUGGCAACCCAGGCAGCAUCAAAACAGUUUGUGGUGUAGCAGCAGGGACAAAGCCCUGCAUUCCCUCGGCUCCAGCGGGUUUUCCAAAGGAUCUCAAGACCAGGAGGAUGCUGAUGAGAAGACACUCCAUGCAAACAGAGCAGCUCAAGCGACAUGGUGACUUCACAGAAAUCUUUGGACACUGAUUGACCAUAACAAAGGCAUCGAUUUGCACUGACACCAAAUGACUACUGGUCUUUGAAACUGCAAUAGCAGCUAUACUCUUCAGUCUAAUCGAAAACAAAAACCCUUUCCCCAUGCAUUCUUAAAAGAAUAAUUCACCCAAAUGAAAAUUCUGUCAUCAUUUACUAACCCUUAAGUUCCAAACCUGUUUGAAUUUUUGUUUUGCCGAACACAAAGGAAGAUAUUUUGAAGAAAGUUUGUUACCAAACUAUUUUGGGUCACCACUGACUUUCACAUUAGGAAAAAAAUGGCAUGACAUUGUGGAUCAAAACAGCCUGGUUACAAACUUUCUUCAAAAUAUCUUCCUUUGUGUUCGGCAAAACAAAAAUUCAAACAGGUUUGGAACUUAAGGGUUAGUAAACGAUGACAGAAUUUUCAUUUUUGGGUCAACUAUUGCUUUAAGGUGAGGUCACAUUUAAUACCGCUCUGUGAAGUUUCAUGGACGAAAUCCAGUCAAUUCCAAUAGGAAUCAUCCUGUGAGCUUUAGGUGAGGUCGGAAGACUCCCCUGUGUAGAUUUUGCACAUUCAAGUUGAUUACAUAGAGUAAAUCUGCUUGGGUUGAAAGUGAUUUUUGUGUUAAACAGUGCUUCAUGCAUCUCUCUAUGCUAUUUACAUUUCAUUUGCUUGUGAAAUUUGACAAAUGCGACUGUAGCUUUACAGUCAAAGAUGACUUAAAAGUAACAAUUGGUCAUAAAUGUGGCUAGAAGUACAAUAGCUAAGAAUACGGGAUACAAAAACAUUAAAACGACCUGUAGGUUCAAAACACCAUUCAGCUUCUACUGGCAUAGAAAUUAAGCUUGCCAAAAUACGAAUUCAUUCAUGAAACAUUUGAGUCGUUGUGUAUGGAACAUACCUUUGCUUGUGUGCUGUGUUUGAUGUUCACAAUGCCUUUUAAAAAAUAAAACAAUUACAACAGAACUAUAACGUGAGCAGCAGAUCCCUCACCCAUUUAGAAAAUCUGACUUCAUCUAAAUGGCAAAACAAAAAGGCUGUUAACAAGCAUAUCAUAAACAAGCAUGAGACAGUAAAUUUGUAUAUUUAUCAAAAUUUUAUUCUACAUGAGAUACAUAUUAGAAAUGAAUGUCGUUUUGAAGAACAUCCUUAGGUCCCAUACCAGAUAAUUCAUCAAAUAAAUCUGGUUUUCAUGAAUAAAUAGAUAUACAUUAUGCAAACUGGUACAUUUUAACAGCUUUUUGUAAAGCAUAAAAAUACUUUAAUUGUGAUGAUUUAAUUAAUCAGUAACAGUGAGAAAAUAAUUUAACUCCCAAAAUAUUCCACAAAGCCCAAAUAAGGAUCUGAGAUGUCUAUAAAAUGCUCAACUCAUUUCAGACAUUUAAUCUCGCUCCUUCCACAAAACUCAUGUGUAUCUUAACAUUUGUAUUUGGUUUGUGACAGAAUUACAGAAGCCUUCAGGUUAUUUAAUAUACUAGUCAAUAUAUCAAAUAAACCGAUUCAUCACUGUUUAUGUUGUGUUUUAUCGCCAUAAAGAAAAACUGAAUAAAAAAUAAAGAAACAAUCA